AAACAUUUCUUUCAGUUGAUAAAAUAUAAAAUCCAGACUGAUAAACAGACAAUCAAAUCAUUUCUUUAGACCUUCUCUUGUGGUCAAAAGAUCUUUUCGUCGUAGUUAGUACAAGACCGUGUUUCUCUAUGUGUAAAAUGUAGGUGCAGUGAGUGAAGACAAAAAAGUUUCGAAGCUGGAUGGAAAGAGCCUGUUGCAACAGUUUAAUCAGAGGUGAGAAAUUUUAUAUUUCGUUUUCUUUUGUGCUGUUCGAUAUGACCACGAUUGCUUUUGUUUUCACGACGGACGGAAGAUAAUUUAGACUACACCUUCUAAAACCUGCUAUUAUUGUCCCCUCUCCCCAGUCUCUCCGCGGUAAAUGGUUCCUCCUUUCCAUUCCCCCGUAAACUAAAACCGCCUCAGUGAGUGAGAGCAUCUCGUCCAGUUCGUUGUGUCCUUCACUUGGAUUAGUGUUGCUUGUGUGCGGUAUAUCCUACUAGUUCCUACAAACUCUGCUAUAUCGGCACAUAUGACAAAAAUGUACUAAUUAAAGUAAGGAAAUUCGAGGUCUUAUCAGGGGGUUUAAGGAGUACAGGAUAUUUUGGUAAAAAAAAUAACGUCGGAUACAGGGUAUUUGAGGGGAAAAUAAAUGGGAUGUGGACAUAAAUGGGACAUACAUGGGAUAUGUAGUAGAAAAAUCGUCAAUUUUUGCAACUGGAAUUAACCGGAAUAAGGGAUAUGUAGGCCAAAAAUUAAUGAGAUGUGUGAUACUCAGACCCUCACCCCCUCCCCCUAAUGGGGCCUUAAAUUCCUGUUGGCAAGGUAUUAUGCUCCGUUUCUCAGUUUCUACCUUUCGGAACAACUUGAAUCUCAUACCCCUCCUAUAAUAAAAGAAACAAUAACCCCUUGUGUAGUGCUUAAGCCUGGGGGCAAGAUCACUUAACAGUUCGUAGUGCAGCGAUGAGAGCAUGCUCGUAGUUUAAUGAUGCUUCAAAGUUUAGAUUCCUCCAAAGCUUUGUUUAUUCAACGAAUGAGACCAGUUUUUAAAUCUUGUGUACAUAAAAUGUGACAAGUGUGGUGACAACUGGGUCUUGAUACAAGCAUUUAUUGGUUUCCGUAACUACUCUUCAAGCCUGUCGGCGAACGGACAACCUAUUGAAGUUCCUUCCCGGGCAUAGUUUUGAAUUUUACAACUGGUUUUGACUUGGCUCCAUCACAGUUAAAGUCACUUGUACAAAAGAACAUUGGUUGAGUACGAAGCACAUAGAAAAGAGAAAAGAGCAAUAAUCAAAUAUGGCAAUGAAGAAGACAAGACAGAACUGCAGAAUGAUGCAUCACAGAAACAAGUGACAUAAAAUGAAAACCGUUAAGUCCCGGAUACCACUUGACAGAAAAGCCUGGAGCUAACAAAAUGAUGCAUGCAUCACGUGGUCUUAGAUAUGUUCUAAUUGGUCUUCUUAUGACGUCAUUUCCAACUAACUUAAAUGGGAAACGGUUUGAUAGCGAAGAGAAACAAAAGUCUGCCGAACCAAUUAAAUCUACAGUAGAAGCUUUAUCUGCGAGGCUGUUUCGGUUAGCUAAGCGAGAUAAAGAAUCCCAUUUACCUCCUCAAAUACAUCUUACCGUGGUCAUUCCAAGUAACCCUGUUAUUGGAUCAAGGAAUUUCAACUUACUCAAGAAUUUCGCGCGAAACCUGGUGCAAGAGUUUAGUGUGUCCUCCUCAGGAACCAGGGUCGCGAUAGUAACUCACUCCUCAACCCCUCGCCUCGCUUUUAGUUGGUACAAGUUUAUGAACAUAGAAUGUACUUUGAAGGGCAUAUCAUCUCUUAGAUUUCAGGCUGGACAACGCUCCCCCAUUGACAGCUUACUCAACUUUGUCAAAACGAAACUCUAUUCUCAAGCUAACAAUGAAACGAAUCCAGUGCACAGAAUUCUAUUUAUCAUUGCAGAAAGUACUGCUUUAAGCUCUGAAAAGCUGACCGCUCUUCCCGUCAAAAAGCUUCAUGACAAUAGUAUAGAGGUGUUUCUUCUGGCAGUGGGCAAGCACGUGACUAACAAGGAACCAAAUAAGGUGGCCAGUAAACCCUUCAAAACUCACUUGUUCCGAGUUAACUCGUUCCCAGAUCUUCCUAGGCUUUCUACAGCUUUCAAAGGCAAAGGAUUCAAUCAUGGCUGCUCUGGUGAAGGAUUCGUGUACGAUGAAUGCAAUCGCCGUUGUCGCUGUAAAGACGACCAUCUCACUGACUGUUACAGAAUACGAAAGGACUUCAUAUCAAUGCCCCUUGAGGAGCGCCGUCGAUACGUCCAGGCCUUAAGAGUGGUAUCCAGUGAGGCUCCUUAUAAAAGCACCUAUGAUCUUGUCACCAAGCUUCAUCCGAAAUUCUUCUACAUCAUCCACGAGAAACCAUUCUUCUUCCCCUGGCAUCGCUGGUAUCUGUUUGUCUUCGAAAAUUUACUUCGUCACGUAGAUUGUCGUGUGACAGUGCCCUAUUGGAACUGGGCACGAGCAGUGUCACGCAAGCGCACGUGGCGACAAACAGACAUUCGGGAUAUUUGGAACCCGGGGCCUCACGGCCUUGGCGGUAACGGUGAACCUGGAUCCGGGUGCGUCCGUACGGGACCUUUUAUGGCCGGGAAGUGGUCGUUGCCGAGCUGGUUGAGUUCUGAGUGCCUGUCUAGAAAUUUCGAUCACAAAUAUUAUUUACCAGGAGAAUGGUAUGUCAACUAUCUGAUUAAAAUUCCUAGGAAUAAAUUUCACAAAUUUGAAUCUGGUGUCAGAGACUACAUGCACAAUGAUCUACAUAAUGCCGUCGGGGGAACGAUGGCGCUGGACGAAUCUGCAAAUGCACCCGAGUUCUGGAGCCACCAUGCUUUCCUGGACAAGAUAUGGUCAAACUGGCAGGAUCGGGGACCGAAAUAUAAAUUUUUGUACUAUAGGAGCAUAAACAGAACUCUCCCAGGCAGCAAUCACUUCGGGUGGGAGUUUAUGGACCUCCAAAAUCAACCCCAUUGUAUAAAGAUCCUGUAUGACGAGUCACAUGACGAGAAAGUACCCGAUGGAACUGAUGACGGUUCAGACAGUAACCGCGAUGACCUUAUUAAAUAUUAUAUUGAUAACGACGAUGACGAUGAUGGCGAUGAAGAUGAUGACGAUUUCGACGAUGAUGAUGUUGAUCUAAGAGACGAAACGGCAUAAACUAACUCUAAUAACUAACCACAAAUGCAAAGGGUGGUAUCUGUUCACCACUUGGGUUGAAACAGUUUUGUUAUAAGAGCUGUUUUUCAUUGAUACGCUGAAGAACUACCUUUUCUUCUUAGUAACGUAUAGGGUUAUACUUUUUGCCCGAGACAUUCGACGUUUUCAGUAGGUUGCCCAGUAAAAAGCACUGCGAAAUUUUCGCAUAAUCCUAUUCAACAAUUAGAUAAUGGGCUCAAGAUUUCUAUGAGGUGGUAACUUCGGAAAAACGAGAGAACGUCGACGCGAUUUCGCAGACGACCUCCAGUCACUGCACACAAAUGACUGAUAGUAUACGAGUAGCUCAGCCAAGCAGAUUGCAGCAUUUCAAUUAGUAUACUAGCAGAAUUCUACUAAUUAACAAUUAGACCCGUAGCCCGCAAGGGCUACGGGUCAGUAGCCCAUGAGGCGAAGCCGAAUAGGCUAUUGACCCGUGGCCUUUGAGGGCGAAGGGAAUCACCCAACUAGUAUCACCCAGCUAGUCGGACAGAAAAAGCAAUAAUAAAGCUUACAAAUGCAAGUUGGAGAAAAAAUAAAACGAAAGAAAGUGUCACGCUCGAUUGCACCAAUUUCG